AUGGCGGAGCAUGACCUCACGGCGCUGAUGGCAGCGCAGCUGGACCGGCACCUGGUGUUCCCGCUGCUGGAGUUCCUCCAGGAGCGACAGCUCUACUCGGAGCCCGAGUUCCCGGAGGCCAAGAUCCGCCUCCUCAGUGGCACCAACACGGUCGACUAUGCCAUGGACAUCCACAAGUCCCUCCAUGGCACCGACGACGUCCCCGAGGACAUGGUCAAGCGCCGCGCCGAGGUCGUCUCUAGGCUCAGGUCGCUCGAGGAGGCCACCGCCCCGCUCGUCGCCUUCCUCCAGAAUCCACAGCUCGUGCAGGAGCUCAGGCCUGACAAACAGUACAACAUCCACAUGCUCCAGGAGCGGUACCAGUUUGAUCCAGCAAAACUGAAGAAACUUCACCCAAGUUUCAAGGAGAAUGGUGGUACCGUUACAGGGGCUUGUGAUGGGGCUGCUGCAUUAGUUUUGGUGAGUGGGCAGAAGGCUCAAGAGCUUGGCCUACAAGUCCUUGCAAGGAUCAGAGGAUAUGCAGAUGCAGCUCAAUGUGUAAAUAGGAACUUAGGUAACCCUGCAAAUCCAAGCUUUGACAUUGAUACUUGA